CUCCCACAGCCUCUUGGAUCCUCACGGGGUAAUGGGUGUCCUGCUCCCUCGGCCGGCACCGUGACCCCUGGUUCUCCUGGUGCCUGACCAGGCCAGGCUCACGAGUGUCCUCGACCCCUGCCCAUCAGGUUGCUGCCAGCCCCGAGCCCCCCCGAGAGCCACAGCCAUGAGCAACGGGUGGAAGGACCACCUUGGUGCCAGCGGCUCAGAGCCCCUCCCGGUCGUCAUCAUCGGCAAUGGUCCCUCGGGCAUCUGCCUGUCCUACCUGCUCUCGGGCUACAACCCCUACGUGAAGCCAGAUGCCAUCCACCCGCACCCCGUGCUGCAGAGGAAGCUCACCGAGGCACUGGGGGUCUCCAUCGUGGACCAGGACCUGGAUUACCUGUCCGAAGGCCUUGAAGGCCGGUGCCAAAGCCCUGUGGCCCUGCUGUUUGAUGCCCUCCUGCGCCCAGACACAGACUUUGGGGGCAACGUGGAGUCUGUCCUCACCUGGAAGCACCAGAAGGAGCGAGCCAUCCCCCACCUGGUCCUGGGCCGGAACCUGCCAGGGGGGGCCUGGCAUUCCAUUGAAGGCUCCAUGGUGACCCUGAGCCAAGGUGAUUGGAUGGGGCUCCCGGACCUGCAGGUCAAGGACUGGAUGUGCAGAAAGCGAAGAGGUCUUCGCAACAGCCGGGCCACGGCCGGGGACAUCGCCCACUACUACAGCGACUACGUGAUCAAGAAGGGCCUGAGCCACAAUUUCGUGUCUGGCGCCGUGGUCACGGCCGUGGAGCGGGGGACGCCCGAGCCCAGCGGCCCCGGGACCCGGGACCCCAGCCCCCUCUUCCAGGUGAACGGCUUCGUGACCGCCGAGGACCGGAGCCAGCAGCCCUUCUCCCUAUGCGCCCGCAACGUGGUCUUGGCCACUGGCACGUCUGACAGCCCAGCCCGGCUGGGCAUCCCCGGGGAGGCCCUGCCCUUCGUCCAUCAUGAUCUGUCGGCCCUGGAGGCAGCCACGCGGGCAGGCACCAUGUCCCCGGCCUCGGACCCCGUCCUCAUCAUCGGGGCGGGACUGUCGGCGGCCGACGCGGUCCUCUACGCCCGCCACUACAACAUCCCUGUGAUCCACGCCUUCCGCCGGUCCGUGGACGACCCCGGCCUGGUGUUCAACCAGCUGCCCAAGAUGCUGUACCCUGAGUACCACAAGGUGCACCAGAUGAUGCGGGAGCAGUCCAUCCUGUCGCCCCGCCCCUACGAGGGCUACCGGAGCCUCCCCAAGCACCAGCUGCUGCUCUUCAAGGAGGACCGCCAGGCUGUGUUCCGGGACCCCCAGGGCCUCCAGAAGGUCUUUGGCAUUGCCCUGGUGCUGGUCCUCAUCGGCUCCCACCCUGAUCUGUCCUUCCUCCCGGGGGCAGGCGCUGACCUCGCCAUGGACCCCAACCAGCCACUGAGCGCCAAGAGGAACCCCAUUGACGUGGACCCCUUCACCUACCAGAGCAUCCACCAGGAGGGCCUGUACGCCGUGGGGCCACUGGCUGGGGACAACUUUGUGAGGUUUGUGCAGGGCGGGGCCCUGGCUGUGGCCAGCUCCCUGCUGAGGAAGGAGGCCAGGAAGCCGCCCUAGCACCUGGCCUGGCAUCCUUGCACCCAGGCCCUAAAGAGGAGGGGAGAGCACCACGGCCCUGCUGGAUGCAGAGGCCAUCCCAAGAUGCCCCAGUGAUGGAAGGGGGCCUCUCCUGGCAGGAGACAGGAGCGGCCACGAGCCCAUGCAACAGCCCUCUCAGGUGAAGAGUGAGAAACCCAGGCUGCCAGGACUCAGACCAGGGUGGAAACAGUGACCACAGGACAGGGUAGGCCCAGACCUGUAAUUGGGGGUGAAAGCUGCUGGUGUGAGCUGGGAGCACCGGGGCCAGCUGAGCACCGAGCCAGCAGGACCCCAGGCCCUGCUCUUUCCAGAAUCGGGUGCCAAAUAAA